CAUAAGAAUGAUCAAUUCGCCUUGCCUUUGGCAUUAGCUUCUGGAAGUAAUUUGACAGAUGUAUUUUGCCAUUUCGAGCAUUAGGUCAAUUUUACGAAAUAGUUUGAAGCCUAUUUCGGCCAACUUUGCUAAAAUGUCUAGCGAAGUCGAAAAAGCGCAGACAGCAUCAGCUGCUGAUGAUACUAUUUUCGGAAAAAUUCUUCGCAAGGAAAUUCCAUGUAACUUCAUCCAUGAAGAUGAGAAAUGUGUCGCUUUUCAUGACAUCAAUGGCCAGGCACCAACGCACUUUCUUGUGAUACCAAGAAAACCGAUUGCCCAAUUGUCCCUAGCUACUGGAGAUGACAAAGAAUUGCUUGGUCACCUUAUGUUAGUUGGUGCAAAAGUAGCCAAAGAGUUAGGUCUAGAUAAAGGAUACCGAGUGGUUAUAAAUAAUGGUCAACACGGGGCACAAUCGGUUUACCAUUUACACUUGCACUUCCUUGGUGGACGCCAAAUGCAGUGGCCGCCGGGAUAAAUAUUUUUGCGUUGCGUUAAAAUAAAAUAAUAAAUAUAACCAUUCUCAAGCCAUAAUACUAAA